GUAAUAUAUAUCUCUCUCCCUCUUUCUCUCUCAGUCUCUCUCUUUCUGUCUCUCUCUCUCUCUCUCUCGUCUCCGUCUCUCGCGCUCUCUUGAAGAUGACGAUGGGUGAUGCUUCUGCUGCUUACAUAAGGCUGGUGCAACACCUGAUUGAGAAAUGCCUUCUGUUCAACAUGAACCAAGAGGAGUGUGUGGAAACUCUGUCUAGGCAUGCCAACAUUAAGCCAGUCAUCACAACAGUUGUAUGGAAAGAACUAGAAAAGGAGAACAAGGGUUUCUUUGAGGCCUACUCUCGCGAGAUGGGGAAUCGACGGUCCAGAGCCCAGGAGGCGGAGGCCGAGCACAUCAUCCUUCAGAUGAUCAACGCCUCAGAUUGCUGACCCUUUGUGCUGGCUUCUUGUUCAGCAGAUCACAAGGCAGAGCGGUGCUACUAUUGUCCUUUGCCAGGAACUAUGCAGUAGCCAAAUAAAAUAAAGGAGAGUAACUAAGAGGUUUGGGAGGAGCAAGGAGUCCACAGUACCUUGUCCUUGUUCUAACCCUUACUCUUAGCUGGCUUUGGGGGAAGCCAGCCCACCUUCAACAGAAACCUCGAGUUACACAGGGCCAUUUACGUUCCUUGGCCUACGUGACUUGCAGCCGUACGCUACGUGGAACCACCCUGUGAACUCCAACCCUAGCUUCUCCAUGUAAAUAAUUUCAGAAAUAUCUCUCGUAAUAUACACAAUUUGACGGUA